UCUGAGUAGACGAUGUGUGGGCGGGGCUCUGCAUGACAGGGGCGGGGCUACACACGACAGGGGGCGGGGCAUUUCCGUGAAAACAAACACGCAGCAGUUAUUAAACUCUCGCCGUGAAUAAUACUUCUACUUUUUAGAACAGAAAGUUUCAUUAAAUAAAUAAAUUUAAAACAUGAAAAAUGUCCUGUGUUGAAAGCUUCAGCCACAUGAUGGCUCCAUGUGCUCUGUUACUGAUCUGUUCAUUCUAAUUCUUCUAAAUGAAUUCUGCACUUCUCAUUCCUGAAUAAAGUUUAGGAGAUGGUCCUGGUGCUUUCUGGACUUCCUUGUGUGCCCUGUAACCUUCUUCACAACAAUUGAACCUUUCUGCUGGAAGUUCUUGAUGAUCUGAUAAAUGGUUGUUUAAGGCGCAAUAUUACUAGCAGCAAUCUCCUUGAUUCUGAAUCCCUUUUUGUACAAAGCCAUGAUGACUACAGAUGUUUCCAUGCAGGAGGCGAUGGGAGAUGGAGCAGAUAUCCCAGGUUGUUGGCAGCGUUUGCAGUGUGUGUAGCACUGCUGUGUGUUCUCCUGCUGAGCUUCACUAUAGUGCAGUCUGUGAAACUCAACAAUAUGCCCGGAGAAAGAGACCAGUUGCAGAUCAGUUAUGAUAACGUGAGUGUUGAGAGAGACCAGCUUCACGGUGAGAGAAACCAACUUCAGGCUGAGAGAGACCAGCUUCGGGGUGAGAGAGACCAGCUUCACGAUGAGAGAAACCAGCUUCAGUCUGAGAGAGAUGGACUGCAGAAGUGGAGUAAGAUGUGGAAUUAUACCAUCCAGGGUCUAAAGUAUUUCACCACAAAGAGGACGAGCUGGAGCAAAGCUAGAGAGGAAUGCAGAUCGAAAAGAGCCGACCUGGUGAUCAUCAACAGCCGAGAAGAAGAGGAAUAUAUCAGUAGAGUAUUUGCUGGUGUGGCUUGGAUUGGUCUACAUGACACUGUUCAGGAAGGGAAGUGGAUGUGGGUGGACUGUACAGAAGUGAAAACAAAGUAAUUACUCACCAUACAGAUCUUAUUCAGCUUUACUUUGUGUGUGAAGAAAACAGGAUGUUCUGACACAUAUGCUGAAGCUGAAUGUAAUGCUGAAUUUACAACAUGGGCUGAUUAUCCAUGUGAAACUGAUUUCCAGGCGAUUUGUGAAAAAGGGGCAAAUAUUUAGAACAGAAAUCGGUUUUAUCUUGAAAAAAAUCUGUAUUUUGUUAAUCAGGGUCAACAAAGCCAUGGUUUAAGCCAAAUUCAUCUAGUUUUGCAUAAAGAAAAUCUUGCAGGAGAGUGAUGAGAUUUUUACAGUAAAUAAUCUGAAAUCAAUAAAAUCAAAUGCUUUUUUAUUUCUGUG